AUGAUGAAGGUUAUGAAUCUUUUUGUGCCUAUGAUGACUUUAUGUUUGUUGCCCUCAACAUUUUCUACAACCCAAAUUGUUGACAUCAUAUGCAGCGAGGCUCUACCGUUAUUUAAUCCUUGUCAACCAUAUUUGGUGGGUUCUGCAGAAAUAUCAGCUUCGUGUUGUGCAGGAGUAGCCGGUAUUAUUCAAAUGGCCGACACCACUCUAGUUCGAAGGGAUUUGUGCAAUUGCAUUAAGAAAUUUGUUUCCGAUAUUGGUAUCAAUCCUGACAACGCAAAACAACUCCCUCAACUUUGUCAUAUUAAUCUUCCAUUUGCAGCACGAUUCCAUGAUAUUUUUACGUUUACGGAUCAGCAGAAAGCUUGA